UAUGGGUCCUGCUCAGUGGCUGCCUUUAAGAGUGGCUGUGUUGGCAUAUGUGUCCAUGUGUAUCUAUGCAUAUGUUUGUUGCAUACAUGGACAUAUACAUGUAUGCGCAUGAUUUGGGGGGAUGUGCACAAGUGUGUUGUAUGGGUAUGUGAGUGAUUGUAUGAAAGGAGGGCUGCAUUAGUGGGUGAGUUCAGGAGUGGGUAUAUGCAUGCAUAUGUGCGUGACUAUACAUGCAUUUCCGCAUGUGUAUAUGGGUAAGGGGUUGGUAAGUCUUGCAAAGAGAGGGUGCUGUGCUUUAGUUUUGGAAAAAAAUAUUGGAGAUUGGACUUCAUAGAUGGAAUUCCCAAGCCUUGAAUCCGGUUGGAACACGUAAGAUGUUUCUAAUGGGGGUGGGGAAGAGGUGCACAACCUAUGACCUUGGGAGUCUCCGAGUUGGUUGGGAUGACCUGGUUGCACCCUCCAGGAACUCUCAGUCUGAUGGGAAGUGUGGACCUCUCCUGAGCUUACAGUGUGGGGGUCUCCUUGGGUCUGAGGCCUGCAUGUGUGUGAAAAUAGUCAAACAGAGCUGGGAAGGGUCAGGAGGCCCUGUGUGUGCACGCUCCUUGUGUGUUCGUGUGUGACGAAGGUAGUCAUCCUGGAUCGAGGAGCAUGUCUGUGUGUCCCCCUGAAGGUUCCGUUCUCCAGGGUUUCUGAGCAGGGGGCCAGGGCAGAAGCUAGGACCACCUGGGAGAGGAGUCUAGGCCAAUCCAUCUGCAUUUCUCAUGCAGGGGACUGUCCACAUGAAGACCCUUCUGUUGUUGGCCUUGACCAUGGCCUUUGGCCUGCUGCAGACCCACGGAAAUUUGCUGGAUUUCCAGAAAAUGAUUGAGUUCGAGACAGGAAAGGACGCCGUGUCCAAUUAUGGCUUGUAUGGUUGCUACUGUGGCUUUGGCGGCAGAGGAUCCCCCUUGGAUGAAACAGAUUGGUGCUGCGCCGAACAUGACUGUUGCUACGAACGUCUGCAGAAGCAGAAAUGUGGCACCAAGUUUCUGAAAUACAACUUUGCUUUCCAAAAUGGCAAAAUCGUCUGUGGGGAGCAGGAUUACUGUCGCAGGCAGCUGUGUGAAUGUGAUAGAGCAGCUGCCUCCUGUUUUGGGAGAAACCUGAACACCUACCAGGAAGACCACCAAUUAACAUGGUUCUGCCCUGGGAAAAGCCACCAGUUGGCCCUGGCUGGCGGGAACCUGCUCCAGUUUGGGGUGAUGAUUGAGAAGAUGACCGGGAAGUCGGCGCUGCAGUACAACGACUACGGCUGCUACUGCGGCAUCGGCGGCUCCCACUGGCCGGUGGACCCGACGGACUGGUGCUGCCAUGCCCACGACUGCUGCUACGGGCGCCUGCAGAAGCUGGGCUGCGAGCCCAAACUGGAGCGGUACCUUUUCUCGGCCAGCAAGAGCAACAUCCUCUGCUCCGGCAGAACGGCCUGCCAGCAAGAGACCUGCAAGUGUGACAAGACGGCUGCACUCUGCUUUCGCCAAAACCUGGACACCUACGACCGCAAAUACGUCCGCUACCCCAACAAGCUGUGCACAGGCCCCAGCCCACCCUGCUAAGGCUGUGCCCCCCCUCCUCCCUGUGGCCUUCUGAGGCCCCGCCUCCAGCUGCUGCAGCCCCAGGCCUGGGGAGCAUGGGCACCAAAGGCCCUCCUUCUGGAACAUUCCUUUCCUGCAAACCCAUCCCACCCUGAGGAUGCCCAGAGUGUGGCCGGGACCAUUGCUGGCCUCCCAGGCCAUGCACCCCUUAGCAAGAGGCAGGCCCCGGAAGCUUCAGCACCCAGAAGAUUCCAUAACCCACCCCUGGACUCUCAGCUCCCU